AUGCCGAAAGUCAAAUUCUUGCUGAUUAUUCGAAAUAUAAAGAAGAAUCAAAUAACGAUAAACAAAUUCGCACGAUUUUUUGCUGAAUUAUUUGCUGGUUAUCGCUCAUACUUAUUAACUACACGUAUUAAUCUCAAGCCAAUGAUUUCAUUUCAUAAAGUAAAAAUUCUUUUUAUUUCUCAAAAAAACCAACGUUUUACCUUUUAUUCAGGCAAGUUUUUCGGUCAUCAUCAAUUAGUCAGACAAGAAUUUAUGUUACGCAUACUUAAUUCAAUGUCGUUUCAUAAAUUCAUCGAAGAACGUGGUCCACCGUUUCGUCCGGGUGAUGUUUUCUAUGAUGUUUAUGCAAUCGUCUACGAUCAGUUACAACGUCAACAUGAUCCAACAACAAGUGGCGCUGUCUUCUAUUCAAUUAAAAGUCAUGAAGAUGCUCGAAUUGCAUUAUGUAAUGAAUUAACGUCAUAUAAAAAACACAAUAAACCACGAUUAAAUAAUCAACAAUUUGAAACGAUUGCCAAUUUGCUGAAUUCUGCUCUUGAAGCGACAUCAUCUAUUGAUGAACAUGGUAUUACUUACAUGAUGCUUGCGUUAGCAACCACAUUUCAUCGGAAAUUAAGUGAAGAAGCAACACAGUUUAUUUAUACCGAAAUUCAACGUCAUGCUGUUUGGACGAAUAUGCAAUUUUGGGAAAUGUCGUUUUAUUCUGAUGUACAACUUCAAACACGAAAUUUAUAUUUAUCCCAUGAAGAUUCUAAUCAAAAAAAUUUCAGUGACACUUCGAUUGUAACGGAUUCUUCAUCCACAGAUACAGUUACACAACAAGGAUCGACAUCGAAUGAAAAUUCUUCUCAUUAUAAUGGAACAACAGUCCUUCACGAAAAAACAGCUUUAGAAAUACUCGCCGAACAAAUGCGUCUUUAUACACAGAAGACAUCUGAAGAACAACGUUCAAUUGAAGAUCUUGAAAAGCAAACACUUUAUGCAUUAGCUAUUCAUUAUAUACAAUUAAUGGUUUAUAUGAAACUUCCAUUAGAUAUAUCAUUUUCGACAAUCAAUAUAUAA